AUGGAAAAGGCAGCCGUGCCCCCCAGCGAGGAAUCUACAGCUCAGCGAAAGCCAUCCUGGCGCGGAACCCUUGACGAUAUCUGGAUGGUAAAGAAGAAGAAAAAGGGAUGUUUGGAAGGAGGGAGGAAAAGACAGCAGGGAGAAGAUCAUCUAUCCGUACGCCGUCGUACCGUGACGAGGAGGUUACCAGACGGAACGGCCUCGGACUGCCUGGGGCGGGCCAAAUUUUCCAGUCAGGGUGGAGCCCGCCUCGGCCGGUCGCAGUCUGCGGGCUCCGGCAUGUACUACCGCACUUGGGUAGUCCCUCGUUGGGUACCUGAAACUGCAGAUGGCGUUAGAUGA